AUGAUACUCUCGAACAACUAUUUCCUGCUGACCCUUGUGGUUUUCAUCAUCUGUAUUAUCCACGUGGAAUCGAGUUGUCCUGUAGGAUAUGACCAAGUGAAUUCUAAAUGUAUUACUAUAACCCCUCAACGAUUUACUCAUCAUAAAGCUCUCCUGACAUGUAAAGAGAAAAAUGGUCAUUUAGUUUUUGUUCAGAAUGCUAUUGACAACACGGCAAUAGUAAACUACGCAUCUAACAUUACUUCUCCAAUGUGGAUCGGUGCAAUAUGUAAAGUUAACAAGCAGCCAAAAGAAUGUACUUGGGAUGAUGGAUCCACGUUGGAUUACAGUAACUUUUUGCCUGGCUAUCCUGUAACCAAUAUUGGAACAUGCGUCUACAUAGAUUCUCCAAAUCAACCGCUGAAAGGAAGAUGGAUCAGUGCGACUUGUGAACUUGAUGAAUAUCAUGCAAUUUGUGAAGCUAAUUGA